UUUGGUAGCAGAGCUUUGAAAGCAGAAUGUGACGUGGCUAAUCCAGGCGGACAAAAAGAGGCAGAAAAGCUGAAUCUUUAAACAGUUUACUGGAAAACUUAGAGGCGUUUAAGGUGUACAAACUGAAGUAUAAACCAGAAAUUUAAAGGACCGUUCUUGUCGUUAAUUCCGGGAGGUUAGGUGCUAGCAUACUGAAGUAACGUCCACUGCUAGCAUCAGGACUUUGACAGCUGAGCAAAGGUAUGUUUGGAGACAUUUGCUAAGAUGUCAGACAGCGAAGCUCCUCAAACAGCAGCCGAAGGCUCGGAGGCUCCAGACGAUCAAGAUGCUUCUCCUCCCGAAACGCCUGAGAGCUCCUCACCGACCACGCCGGACACCUCGACCGACGUGGCGCCGACGAGGAAAGCCAGGAGGAGACCCGAAGCCAAACCUGCAGCCGAAGUUCAAGAGGAAAAGCCAAAAGUGGAGGCGCAGUCGGCAAAGACUCCCACUGAGUCGACUGUGUCUCAGGGCGGUUGGGGAUAUUGGGGCAGUUGGGGCAAAUCCAUCUUAUCCACAGCAACAGCUACCGUGGCCACAGUGGGCCAAGGACUCACUCAGGUGAUGGAGAAGGCAGAGACGUCUCUGGGAAUCCCGAGUCCGACUGAACUGUCGGCUCAGAUGGAGGAAGAAGAGAAACAGCAGGAUUCGUCUCCUGGAGGCGAAGGCGGCAGUGAGGCAGACAAAGCGGAGCUCGACGGAUCAUCAGCGGUGGGAAGCGCGAUGGGAAUGUUGUCGUCGCUCACCAGCGUCGUCCAGAGCACAGGUAAAACAGUGAUAACGGGCGGCCUGGAUGCUCUGGAGUUCAUCGGAAAGAAGACGAUGGACGUGAUCGCAGAAGGUGAUCCCGGCUUUAAGAAGACCAAAGGACUGAUGAACAGGAACGCCACUCUGUCUCAGGUGUUGAGGGAGGCGAAGGAGCGAGAGGAGCAGCAGACGGCGGAGAAAGACUCGAUGGAUUCGGAGAAGAAGGUGGUCGCUCACUAUGGGAUGCUGUUUGAUGAAUUUCAGGGGCUGUCGCACCUCGAAGCUCUGGAGAUUCUGUCUCGAGAGAGCGAAUCGAAGGUGAAGUCGGUGCUGAGCACUGUAUCUGGAGAUGAGCUGGUUCAGCUCAGAGAGGAACUCGACCACAUCAAGGACUCUUUCUCCCUGGUGGAGUUUGACGAUGAGGAAGUUGAUGAGAAGAAAGAUGAAGACGGUGCAGAGUUUGAGAAGGAGUUAACAGAAGCCAUGGAGGGUCUCAGCGUCUCAUCAGACAAACUCAGCAAGGCCUGUAAAAACGCCUGCAGCCAGAUCACCGAAAUGAAUAAACCAGAGUCGAAAGACAAAGAAGGCGAGGAGGACGAGAAGAAACAACUCUCUGUAGAGGAGGUUCACGCUGCAGCCAUCAGAAGUUUGGCUGAACUGACGGCGCGAUCCAUCGAGCUUUUCCACAAACUGGCCGAGAUGAUCCUCUUCUCCAACAGCAACACAGAGGCCAGCGUUCUGUCUCAGUUAACGGUAAUCCUGUGUAAAGAACUCUCACUGCUUUCCAAGAAGUUCACCUCCUGCUUAACAACAGCAGGGUCAAACGAGAAGGGAGACGUCCUGAACCCGCUGAUAACUGGAGUCUUUCUGGAGGCGUCCAACAGUGCGUCUUACAUCCAGGAUGCCUUCCAGCUCCUCAUGCCGAUCCUGGAGAUUUCUCACAUCCAGAGGAGAUCCGAAUCCUCCAAUCAGUGACGACUCGUCGUCCUCAGGUUCACCGCAGAGAACCGACUCAUUUGUAUAUCUGUCUUUAAAAACAACAAAAUCACCUGCGUCAGACUAUUCAGGCGAAAUCAGCUUCAUGUCUGGGAGGAAACGCAUCAAACAGUGUUUAGUUUUGCUGGUUUAUUUGUAAAACAGAAGGUCUGGAGUUAUAUUUAUGGUACAGAACUUACUCUUCAAGUGCACUACUUUUUUUUUUUGAACAGCUUUCAUGUGCUUUACUUCAAACUUUCAGAAAGUCUUACGAGAUUUAUGGUAAUUUGUUUAAUAAUGACUCAAGAAAGCAUAUAGAAAAAUAUAGUAACGAGAUAUUCUAUCUUUACUGCCUAGAUGUUUGCUUUUCUAUGCAUUUAUCUUUAAACUCCAUCAUUGGUCCUCAAACUUUUCAUCCUUUUGCAGCCACCAAACUACUAUUAUCUAAGACCACUGGGUCCUAAAUGACAUAGAUUGUAUUUUGGUUUCUAUAAUCCUUAGAUUGUAGGCAGACUGGCUGUAAUUAGUGAAUAUUUUCAUACAUCUAGAGCCAACUGUACCGUCUUUUUAACCUCUGUCUGUAUACUCGCCAUAUUUCUACAUAAGUAUCAGUUAAAAAUCUAACUUUUCUGUCAUUUUUAGGAGCUCACUGCAGUCAGAACACUUCCGGUCUGCCUUUAGAAAUCAAGAUUUAAGAUGUGGAGCCAGAUUUAAUCCUGCAUCUUCCUUCUGUAGUCACACAGCUUGAAUAUUUAACAUUUAAACCUAUAAAUUCAGCAAAAUCAGUGUUUCAUAAGUAAUAUUAAGAGUUCUAAAUGUUCAAAUGAUGCAGCAGUUUCAUAAGCAGACAUACAGUUUGUUAAAAUCAGGCCUAAUAACCCAAAUGACUCAUAUUUUCACUUGAUAAAUCUAUUGUUUAAUCGAUAUUUCUUGUAUAAUCCCAACAAUCUCCUCUGCUGAAGCUAAAUUUCACCCCAUCUACUGCUUUAUUCAUAUCUAUCCCUGAAAAAGCUGCUCCGUUACAAGAAAUCCUCAUUUUCAGCCCCAAACCACCUGCUUUGUUUUGUUUUUCUAUUUCUAACCCUCAUCCUUCAUAAUCCCUCCACGUAACUGACAGAACUCGCAUCUCCUCUGCUGAAGAACACAAAUUUCAGUAUUUUAAGCCUCUUCUGAAUGUCAUUUACUCUAACUUCAGGUGUUUAUCUGAAGAAGAAGCUUAUCUCUGCCAUGAAGACAGUGGAAAAUGCUACCAGCUGUGUGUUGGAGUGAUAUAUAUACGAAUAUACUGUACUGUGUGUCCGGUAUCUCAGAUGGUUUUCAAAUAAAUGUGUUUUCUUAGA